GUUUACCUAACCAGGAAGAGAUGAGUGCAGCUCAGUAGUAAAUCCAGGAAGAAGAGAGGGCAGUCAUAUGCCUGCAAUAACUAUACAUACACUGAUUAUUUCAGGUAAACAGAAAUGGGGCUCUUAGCAGCAACUCCGCUCCUUGUCAUGAUCUCACUGACUGUGUCGCUAGACAACGGACUGCUGAAGACUCCACCUAUGGGAUGGAUGGCCUGGGAACGCUUUCGCUGUGAUAUUGACUGUAAAGAUGACCCAGAGAAUUGCAUCGGCGAAACUCUGUUUAGAGACAUGGCUGACCGGUUGGCUGAGGAUGGCUGGAAGGAGCUGGGCUAUGAGUAUGUAAUCAUAGACGACUGCUGGAUGUCCAUGCUGAGAGAUGAACUAGGGAGGCUGCAACCGGAACCCUCCAGGUUGGUCUCCUUUUCUCACUUUGCAAAAUCAGCAUGUCUGUGCUCUAUCAACAGUCAUUACUGUGCAAUUAUUUGUCUUAAAAGCAAUACAGUAGAGACUUUCAGUUUCACUCAUUUAAAUUGUCCUAAUGGCCCCCUGGAGUACUACUACGAUACUGGCAACUAUAAGGUCUAUGAUGUGUUUACUGGCUCGACGAUGAAGGUGUUGAACGCCACUACAGAGUUCUCCGUCUCCAUCAAUCCCUCAGGUGUUGUCAUGUGGUACGUUUACACAGAACAACAAUCCAAACAGAUGGAGAUACUCCACUACCAGCAAAAGAAAGCCUCACCGUUCACAUUACACAAAGCUAAACCUGGGCAUCAUACUGUGUUAUGAAGAAACGUUUGUGGAAAGGAAAAAAAUGCUAAGCUGGUAUUUUAUAGAAUCAUUUAAAAGGCGGACAGGCUCAAUCAAAACCAUCUCAACCCGAUUUUGAAUUAUCAUUGAACAGAUAUAUAUUCUUUUGCACUGAUGUUCACCAAACCUAAUAUUGUGUUCUUUUUUUAAUUGUUUAGAGGGGCCUUUCCGUUGAAUUUAAUAAAACAUUUGUUGUCCUUUUUUAAGAUGUUUGUGCCAGUAAGUAAUUUUGUCAAAAUAUAUAUAAAAUUGUGACAUAAUUAAUACAUAAAUUCAGGGGAAGUAACAAUUAUGUAGUUUUUUUUGUGUACGUAUUUUGUGUACUUACACGCCGACCUGACAAUCAUGAUAGAGACUUAGCAAUAGGGUUGGGUACCGUUUGGAUUUUUACGAUUCCGAUGCCAAACCGGUACUUUUAAAACAAUUCCGAUUCCUAAACCAAUUCUUGAAAAACUGAAAAAUGACAUAAAAG